UGCAUUGUGGGAAGCUGACCUCACUCGCUGCUGCCGCCGCCCCGCCGGCUCCGGCACUCGCCGCCAUGGGGGCCGUGACCGACGAUGAAGUUAUCCGCAAGCGGCUGCUGAUCGAUGGCGAUGGAGCUGGUGACGACAGGCGGAUCAAUUUGUUGGUGAAGAGUUUCAUUAAGUGGUGUAAUUCCGGAUCUCAGGAGGAAGGAUACAGCCAGUACCAACGAAUGCUGAGUACUUUAUCACAGUGUGAAUUUUCAAUGGGAAAAACUCUUCUGGUGUAUGACAUGAACCUGAGAGAGAUGGAAAAUUAUGAAAAAAUCUAUAAGGAUAUAGAAAAUAGUAUAGCUGCAGCCCAUGAGAAGAUCUCUGAAUGCAAAAAACAAAUCCUGCAAGCAAAAAGGAUUCGAAAAAAUCGCCAGGAAUAUGAUGCAUUGGCCAAAGUCAUACAGCAUCACCCAGACAGACACGAAACACUGAAGCAGCUAGAAGCUUUGGGAAAAGAACUGCAAAAUCUUUCUCACAUUAAAGAAAAUGUUGAAGAUAAGUUGGAGCUGAGAAGAAAGCAGUUCCAUGUUCUCCUGAGUACCAUCCAUGAACUUCAGCAAACCCUGGAGAAUGAUGAAAAACUUUCAGAAGCUGAGGAAUCCCAAGAAACUCAAAUGGAAGCAGAGGCCAAGCAGUAGAUGUAAUAUGAAGACUGACAAUACUACUUAAGAAAGUCCAAGUAUCUUCACUUUGUGUUGAAAUCAACAGUAAGAGAGAUGGAGCUGAAAAUAGUUUUCUACUGCUUCUGUGAGUUUUUAUACAAAAAUACUUGUUUUGCAUAUGCUUCAGGGGAAAACAGUUGCAAAUGUUUGCAGGCAGGCACUAAAUGGAUGUUAAUCCACAAAUUUAGUAAUUUGUGACAAAUGUACUUUGUUUCACAAAGGAUGAAGCUUCUACACAGUACUUGUUAACUAAGGUGUUUGCAAAACUUUGCCAAUAAAAAGAGUUUUCACAGA